AAGAAAUUAAAAUAAGGUGGAGAGACCUCAAGUUUGUUGAAAUGCCAAAGGGUCAAAGGCAGUCAAAUGGGAGGGGUUAGAGAUUUGAGGAACAGCUGCUUCUGGGCGAGCAAGAGAGGCGGUGGGAUCCUGGGAUCCCCCUGGGCCUGCUCGGGGAGGUCACUUCGGACAGGGGCACCUGGUCCCUCCACUGGGGAAGUGAGAAGGAAGGGUGAGUGCAUGUGCCGCUACAUUAGAAGCCCUGGCCACAUUCUCCUCCCUAGGCUGGCUCCUGAGUACAGCCUCCUCAGGCCCACAGUUCCCUUGACAGACGGUUUCUCAUUCCUCCUGGCCCAACCUUGGGAGACAUCCUGGGUGUCUGCCAGCCUAAUCCAGAGCACAGGGCGUGGGAGUGGUGAAGGGGCUCCGCCCCAGGCCCCACCUGCCCUGGAGGAGCAAGCCAAGCACACAGUCCCAUGAGGCCACUGAAAGGCUGGGGGCAGAGUCCAGAGCCAAGGGCAUUCCAUAGAAACCGAGAAGCAGAAAAGCAGAAGCACAACCGUGCCUUCUUCCCCACGGUCCCCGGUGCAGGGGGUGGAACUCGGGGGCCUGCUUGACGCUUUCAUGGAAGCCAGUCUUGCGAGCAGGGAGAGAAUGACAGACAGCCCAUUCUAUGGAUAAAGAAACAGAGGCCCAGAGAUGCAAGGAACUGCCCAGAGAGAAGCUAGGGCACAAUCCACGUGAGAAGCCAUGUCCCUGAAUCCUGCUUCAUUCUUUUUUUCCUUUUAACCCAAUGACGAUGCUUCUGCUCCAGACCCCAGGGAAGAAUCUCACCUUGGGCUACUGUGUUGGGACCCGCAAGCCUCAGGGCAAAGCAGUAAGAUUAUACCGAGCCUCAUCUUAACACAACAUGUCUGAGCCGCUGCCCAAAUCACUUAUACCAGACUCUCCGGGUUCGGGGUUGGGCGGGCGGUGCUUGGCAGCUCCAGGCAUGGUUCCCCACCAUUCUGAGGCUUGAAGACCCUGGAGGGUGACCCACUGCACACUGGUGGACUUGUCUGUCAGGGCUAGGGGCGGAUCCGGUGAGGCCUGGACUCUGUCCUGGAGAGGGCGUGCUCAGGAGCGGGAAGGAUGCCAGUUCUGGGCACUGCGCUAAGCUCCCUGAGGCAAAGAUCACAGUUUAUUCUCCACUCUUCCUCCACCCAGCCUGGCUGGCCUGGAGUCAGCAAGAGAGGUCCCAUCCCCUCCGUGACCCCCUGAGCCUGUCUCUGGGCUCUAGUCACUGGUUUGCAGGCAUUUCUUUUGCCUCUGGCCACAGAGAGCUGAUAGGAUUUUCUGGUUGCACCUGCUUGUGAGGUUUUUGGGGAGAAAGGGUGAGGACAGAGGGCUGGAGAGGCGUCAGUGUGCAGCAGGCUUGUUCUGUCCCCUCCUCCACCGUGUGCCUAGAGGCAAAGAGAGGUGUGAGGGUGUGGUUAGCGGGGGUAGGACCCCAGGAGGGGGGGGAGCUGCUGUGGUCACACCUCCUCUCCCCGGGGAGGGGAGGCCUGGACGGGAGGCCGGAGGAGCCAGCCUCCAAGAGCAGCCUAGAGCUGUGUGGGUUUGGCUCUGUCCCCAGGGUGUGGGGCCAGAGCCCUCUGGGAGCCCCCCCCCUCAGCAUGGGGCCAGACUUAUUCCUGGGAAGAAGCAGCAUUUUCUGUGGUCCUGGUCACCUGUACUGUCUCUCUUGUUUCCUGCCGUGAGGAGACCCCCUCCUUCCUAAUUCUAGAGCAGGCCAGCGCUAAGGGCCCGGGUUCCCGCACCUGCCUCCUCUCUCUCCUUCCCCUCCCCGGCUCCUCCCUGCUGCCGGCUGCCCUGGCAUUUACAGAGGCUCUGCCGGUCUCCUGGGCCUGGCUCCGUCUCCCUUGGUGACCUAGCAUGUGUGUGGCCCGUGUCCCUCAGGGUGGGGGCAGCAGGAUGCGUCAUGUGUGUGACAAGUAGGAGGACUCCAAGCCUCUCUGCCCCCAGUGUUCCGGGCUUCCGUGCCCCACAAGGGAUGGUAGUGUACUAGAGCUUUGAGGGCGUAGUAGGGCUGAAGUCCCUGGCUUGCGCUGGCUGUGGUCUGCGCCAGUGUCCCACGCUCCCAAUCUACACGAUGCCGGGCGCUACUUGGGUGUCCCUGUCCGGGGGCCAUAGCGGGUGCAGGGAAGGGGUGGCCUUCCUGGGGGGACAUGGGCAAGGGGGAAAGUCGGGCCAGGGCUGGGAACAGGAGGCUUACUGAAAUGGGAAAACAGCCCACAAGGGGUCUGGGAUCCUGGGUGGAAGGUGGGGUUCCGAGCCCGAAGCAAGAACUGGGCAGCCUUUGUGGGAGAGCCGUGGGCAGCGGGUGGGUGGGCGGCAGGGUGCUGCCUGGCCUCUGGAGCUGGGGAGGAGGCACCUAUGAGGGUGUUCGUAAGACAAGGUGGUCCCCAAGGGCUGGGGUGGAGCGCAGCGUCUCACUCAGGACACCCUGUGCCCGUUGUGCAUGGCUGGGUUUUGAACACCCACUUGAUGAGAGAGUGAAGAGAGGGGAGGCCAGGGGAAGCUGUUGGUUGUAGGGCUGUGGAGGAGCUAGUCCCUGUCCCCUUCUCUGGGUCCUAGGAGUGUGGGGGCAUGUGACUGGACACACAGGCAGGGGCAUGUGCUAGCAUCUUGGUGACCAAGGCCGGAGGAGGCAGGCUCAGACAGUCAGGCGAGUGGAUUGUGAUGUGGUCAAAAUCCCUCCUGUCCUCUGUGUGCCUGGAAGACUCCAGACGCUGGCCGCCUCUGAUACGAUGGCCGCCCAGGCCCCUUCCUCUUUGAGACGCUCCCCGCACUGCAGUACACACACCAGCUUCCUCUUCCCCAUCACAUCCUCCCCGUGCUUUGGGGGAAUUGAAGGCCACUCCGUGUCUUGUCCAGGCCAGCCCAGGUGUCCGGCACCCAGCAGCCCCCCUCCGCCUGCUCCCAGCCAUGCAGCAGCCACCCCCUCCCCCACCCAUGGUUCCAGUGGCCUCCUGCUCCACGGGGGGGGGGGGGGGGGGGGGGGGGCCGGGCCCGGGAUUCAGAACCCGCAGGUGAUCAGAGCAUUGAGUAGGAAGGCUCACCGGGACACAUAAAAAUACCCCGACCUGAGACACCCCCACUCCACCCCACCCCACCCUAUCUCAGGCAGCCUCUGUCUCCGGCAGCACUUCCGUAGCCCCGACAGGAAAUGGGCUGGAGGCUCAGCUUCCCUCCAUCUCAGAGCAACUUCUUGUUUCACCAUUGCCCUGUGCCAGCCCUGGGGUUGUGCCCCCUUGGCUCCACCCCUGAAACCUUCCCAGGGCUCUGUCCCAGCAGCUGCGAGGGCACAGGAUGGUGGACGUGAUUGCCAAGCUGACCAAGAGGCGGAGUCGGGCCCUGCGGGUACAGGUAGAGGACCCUGGCAUUUUGGGGCAAGCUCAGCCUCUGAUGGGGAUGGCUGAGGGCCUCUGCAUCAAGGGGCCCGGGGGCGCCUCCGUCCUCUGGCCUUCCCAGGAGGUGGAUGACCCCCCGGAGCCUGUGUACGAGAACGUAGAGAGGCAGCCUUCGGUCUCUUCGCCAGGCGCCACCGCGGGCCCCCGCCCCCCGGCGUGGGAGACGCACACGGACGCGGGCAGCGGGCGCCCCUACUACUACAACCCAGACACGGGCGUGACCACCUGGGAGUCGCCCUUCGAGGCUGGCGAGGGCAUCGCCAGCCCGGCCACCUCCCCCGCCUCGGUGGGCAGCCGCGAGAGCCUCGAGACCGACUGGGGUCAGUACUGGGAUGAGGAGAGCCGCAGGGUGUUCUUCUACAACCCGCUGACGGGCGAGACCGUCUGGGAGGACGAGACCGAGGACGAGCCAGAGGACGAGCUGGAAAUGCAGCCGGGCCUGAGCCCGCUCAGCCCCAGGGACCAGAGGCCCCCUACCCCUGAGACGGAUUACCCCGAGUCGCUGACCAGUUACCCGGAGGAGGACUAUUCCCCCGUGGGCUCUUUCAGUGAGCCCCGGUCCACCUCUCCUUUGGCCACGCCCCCCGGAUGGUCUCUCCAAGUGAACUCAGACGGGCAGACGCUCUAUACCAACCACUUCACCCAGGAGCAGUGGGUGAGGUUGGAGGACCAAUACGGGAAGCCCUACUUCUACAACCCACAUGACGCCUCUGUUCAGUGGGAGCUGCCCCAGGUUCCAGUCCCUGCCCCUCGAAGCAUCCACAAAUCCAGCCAGGACAGCGAGACCCCAGCCCAGGCCAGCCCCCCUGAGGAGAAGACCAAGACUCUGGACAAGGCCGGGGUGCUCCAUCGCACCAAGACGGUGGACAAGGGAAAGCGGCUCCGGAAGAAGCACUGGAGUGCGUCCUGGACGGUGCUGGAGGGCGGCGUCCUGACAUUCUUCAAGGACUCGAAGGCCUCAGCUGCAGGCGGCCUGAGGCAGCCUCCCAAGCUCUCCACCCCUGAGUACACAGUGGAUCUCAGGGGGGCCUCCCUCUCCUGGGCCCCCAAGGACAAAUCUAGCAGAAAGAACGUGUUGGAGCUGCGGAGCCGAGAUGGCUCAGAGUACCUGAUCCAGCAUGACUCCGAGGCCAUCAUUAGCACCUGGCACAAGGCCAUUGGCGAGGGCAUCCAGGAGCUGUCUGCAGAUCUGCCCCCGGAGGAGGAAAGCGAGAGCAGCAGCGCGGACUUCGGGUCCAGCGAGCGCCUGGGAAGCUGGAGGGGGGAGGAGGAGGCGCGGCCCGGUGCAGGCGCAGUCAUCCCGGAGAGCGACCUCAGCAGGGUCCGGCAGAGGCUCCGCAAGUUCCUGCUAAAGCGGCCCACGCUGCAGUCGCUGCGGGAGAAGGGCUACAUCAAAGACCAGGUGUUCGGUUGCGCGCUGGCCGCGCUGUGCGAGCGCGAAAGGAGCUCCGUGCCGCGCUUCGUGCAACAGUGCAUCCGCACCGUCGAGGCCCGGGGGCUGGACAUCGACGGCCUGUACCGCAUCAGUGGAAACCUGGCCACCAUCCAGAAGCUUCGCUACAAGGUGGACCAUGAUGAGCGCCUGGACCUGGAUGACGGGCGCUGGGAGGACGUCCACGUGAUCACUGGAGCCCUGAAACUCUUCUUUCGAGAGCUGCCGGAGCCCCUCUUCCCCUUCUCGCACUUCCCCAAGUUCAUCGCUGCCAUCAAGCUGCAGGACCAGGCCCAGCGCAGCCGCUGUGUGCGGGACUUGGUGCGCUCGCUGCCCGCCCCCAACCACGACACGCUGCGGCUGCUCUUCCAGCACCUGUGCCGGGUGAUUGAGCACGGCGAUCAGAACCGUAUGUCGGUGCAGAGCGUGGCCAUAGUGUUCGGGCCCACGCUGCUGCGGCCGGAGACCGAGGAAACGAGCAUGCCCAUGACCAUGGUGUUCCAGAACCAGGUGGUGGAGCUCAUCCUGCAGCGAUGCUCAGACAUCUUCCAGCCGCACUGACCUCGGGCCGCUAUCCCCAGCCCCGCAGCUGGUGCUGCGGCACGGGACUGGGCACCCCGACGCUGGUUCUGCCUUGGAAGCUGGACUGUUGGAGGCAGCUGGGCUGGACUCCUCUGUGAGACCCUCCGCCUCCCACCGGUGCAUAGGCUGGAGUGAAAUCUGCAUCCCUUGGUGCAGUAUGGUGACCCCUGGUGGGCAGUUUGCAAAAUGUGAUUCCCCCACCCCCACCCCCGCCUGUCCUGUUUGGGGCUUACUUGGGUUCUGUUCUUUAUUACAGUGACACCUAUUGUGUGUGUGAGAGAGAAUGUGCUGGGAUGAGACUGUUUUCCCCAAUGGUUGGUGCUGGAGGAAGGAGUUUGGAUGAGGGGCUUCUGGGCCUCAUCAGGCCUGCAAGUGGGGGGCCCCCCGGGGCAGGGGGUGUCAGUCCCAGAGCAGCCGCCUCCAGCGCCCCUGCUGCCUGGCUUGCCUCUGGCCUAACUCGUGCCUGACACUGUCCACAACCAACAUGGGCCAUUUCCAUCUGCUCCCCUGUUUCGGGCCAUGGCCUUCGCAGACCUACAGGUGUUGUGUGCACAGGUUCUUCACACUCAGUGUGUACCCUGCACCGGCCGCCUGACCCACACCAUCUCCACACACAGUCUCAUUGGACAAACAAAGAGAGGGAGGCGGUGGUGGCAGCAAAGUGACCUGCUCAGUGUCCCGUGGGCGGUCUGACUGCCCAGCUAGGGCUCCUCUCACACCACCGUCUCCUGGGAGGGCGCCGUCAGACCUUUCAGCACCCCCUCCCCUCCACACCCCCUGCACACCCCUCUGCCGGUUCUGCUUGGGCCUGGGGACAUCCUGAAGGCAAAUAGGACACCUGCCGUGGCUGUUCUUAGCCCAGAGGGGAAAUAGUGCUGGUGGGAGCUGCCUAGCCCUUCUCAGCACCCUGGCUGUCCAGCUGCCUGCCAGGGGCCCACCUUGCCCUAAGGAGCUGGGAGAGGCCUGCAGGGCUGGGAGAAGGCGGGUACAACCUCUGGAAAGGAAGCGUGAACCCUGAGGCCAGCGAUGCCCUUUCCCACCUCACACACAAAGCACCUCAGCUUCUGGGUCUCAUCCCCCUGCCCCACCUACCGCUCGUCUGUUCAACAGUAAUAGCUACUAUUUAUUGACAUUUCACCCUGCCAAGCAUUUCACUUGAAUCAUCUCGUUCGUCUCUCACAGCCAGUAUUUAUUCUUUGCUCUUCUGUGCCAGGUGCGGUGCUCGGGGGCAGGGGUACGGCGCGGGCCGCCUCUUGGGUGGGGCGUGUGCUCGGUGGCUGACCCGCGUCCCCCCAAAUGCCAACAGGGCCGGGACAAGAAUACAGAUGGUCGCCUCACACCAUCCAUGGACAUACUGUAAACCUACAAAUCAAGUUCUAACUGUUAAAUAAAAUGUGUUCUAUUCUCCUA